ACAUCAACUCGACCCAAAAUAAAAAUCUAAACUUUUUUUUUUUUUAUCAUUUCUCCACAAGAGCAGAGCAGCAGCCAUAAAGAGAGAGACUUUUGAAAUCAUUCAUCCAUCACCAAGAGAACCCGAAUCAAACCUUAACCCAGUAAAGUGGUGAUGGAAGGAACCCAAAAGGUGUCUCUUUACGAACAAUGCAGAGAAGAUAGGAUCAAAGAGAAUCUUCAGAGGAUGCAAAAUCUUGGCAUCUUGAAUCUCUCUCGCAAACUCAGAUCCGAGAACCGACCCGUCAAUAGAAGAUCUCAAGGUAACCCUAAUGCCGCUCAGAGAUCGACUCCUCCUCUUCAGCCUUCUCGCCGGUCUUCUCGAUUGGAGAACACAACGCCAGUUAUCUACACUGAUGGGAUCAAUGAGAAGGGUAAAAAAACAGCUAAACGAGGGAGUGUGGUGAUUGGUGAAGGGGCAAGGCCUGAGAUUUACACUGAGGAACAUGAGAAGCUUCUUGGGAAUACAGAACGAAGCUGGACAUGUUUUGUUGAUGGCUAUGAUAAGGAUGGCAAACGGAUCUAUGAUCCGUUUAAGGGUAAGACUUGUCACCAGUGCAGACAGAAAACGAUGGGACAUCGUACACAGUGCAGUGAAUGCAACAUGGUUCAAGGACAAUUCUGUGGAGAUUGUUUGUUCAUGAGAUAUGGUGAACAUGUGCUGGAAGCUUUGGAGAAUGCAAACUGGACCUGCCCUGUUUGUCGCGGGAUUUGCAAUUGCAGUUUGUGUCGCAAUAACAAAGGAUGGGUUCCAACUGGCCCGAUCUACAGAAGGAUAGCUGCACUUGGGUAUAAGUCUGUAGCACAUUAUCUGAUUCAAACCAAACGGUUGCAAACUGAUGACUCAACCCCAAAUCAAGCUUCUGCAAAGAGAUCACUUUCCUUUAAAGAAAAGAUUGCUGAUGAUGAAGAAGUACCAAAGCUUCAGAUUGAUGAUGAUUCCCUGGAGAAAGAGGAAGAUGAAAACGCUAAUGAAAAUCAGAACUGUGAUCUCCUUGAAGAAGUACAAAAGCUUCCGGAGAUCGAAGAUCAGAAUGGUGUUUCCUUGAAGAAAGAGGAGGAUGAGAAUCCAAAUUCAGCUAGAAGGUCACUGAGCUUCAAGUCUUCUGUGGAUAAACAGACUCUGUGGGUUGAUGUUCAGGAUCUUUCAGAAGAUCAGGAAACGAUAGGACAAAACUCGAGUUUGGAGACGAGACCAGUUAGCUACUUGCUUCCUGUGGAUGAUGAUGAUAAGGCUCCAUGGGUUGAUGUUCAGGUCUUAAGUUGUCGUGAGCCACUAAAGCAGGAUAAACAAGAACAUUCAUGUGCGCACACUGGUGAUAAUCUUUCAGAAGUUCAGAAAAAGAUAGGAGAAAACUCAAAUCUGGAGACGAGACCAGUUAGCUACUUGCUUCCUGUGGAUGAUCAGACUCCAUGGGUUGAUGUUCAGGUCCUGAGUUAUCUUCAGACGCCAAAGCAGGAUAAACAAGAACAUUCAUGUGCCCACACUGGUGAUGCUCUUCCAGAAGUUCAAGAGAGGACAGGACAAGACCAGAAUUUGGAGACAAGAUCUAGAGAAAGUCAGACUCCUGUAGUCAAAGCUCAUAACGAGGUCCUAAGCGAUGAGACAGAGACCGGGGUUAACUCAGUGAGGACUCGAGUAACGAGAAGUAAGAGGAAGGCGGCUCUUGAACCUAAUCAAAAUAGCAUUGGUGGAAGAUUAAGGCAGCGCCGAAAGAUCCAAAGUGAGGUUUAGAAUAAGUUCCAGAAGACACCUUAACGUCUUUUGUUAAGCUACAUGAUUGAUGACUCUUUCUGUUUCUUUUUGGUAUUUUUUUUGCUUAUGUGCAAGCUCUUGAAUCCUUGCAAGCAUCUUUUGUUUAAACUCUAUCUAAGGAUGAUUAUUGAUUAGGAAACUAAAUCUACAAAGAUCUUAGAUCAAAAGAUGACCAACUUAUUUCAAAAUGAA